CCAGCCCUGGGCGAAGCCGGGUAGAACAGCUAGUAACCUAACAAAUGAACUGAACUAUUUUAGGGGUCUUUGUUGCCUUUGUUGUUGUUUGCUCGUCUUCCCGGUGGAAUCGGCAGCUCCCCACCGGCGCUCGUUGUUGGCACUUUGCUCCACCCAUCGCUGCCAUAGGCCAAGAGGAAAGGGGAUUUCCGUCUCGCCUUCUGUCACUUCGUGCCGGGGAGGUGUGGUGCUGUUGCAAGUGGGCGGGAGCAAUAAACCGACGCAUUUGCUACUUAAAGAGCUCCCCCUCGCCGCUUGGAGGGGGGUAGGGGGAUGUAAACCAAGGAGGUUUUUGCACGGAAGACUGUGUGACCACCACCACCGUCGUCAUCAUCAUCAUCAUCCCUACAAUAACGUGAAGGCGAAGGAGGCGGCCGCCACCCGCACCCCGUUACAAUGGGAGACGAUCUGUAUCAUUUAGACACAAACUUGGAAAUGCUGGAGCAGUAUAACACCGUGGACAUUCAUGCGUUCCAAAACGAAUUCGAGGUUCCGCAGCCCGUCGUGACUGGACCUUACCUGCAAAUAACAGAGGAGCCUAAACAGAGAGGUUUCCGCUUUCGCUACCCCUGUGAAGGCCCGUCGCACGGAGGGCUGCCCGGUUGCUCGAGCGAGCGCAACAAGAAGACCUUCCCCACCGUCAGGAUCUGCAAAUACUUUGGCCUAGCGAAGGUGGUGGUGCAGCUGGUCACCGAGAAUGCGCCAUACCGCCUGCACCCCCACAGCCUGGUGGGCAAGAAUGCUGAGAACGGUGCCGUCAGCUGCACUGUGGGCCCACACGACAUGACGGCGAUGUUCCCCAGCCUCGGUGUGCUGCACGUCACCAAGAAGAGCGUGGCAUCUGUACUGGAGAAGUUGUGGUCGGAUGCACAGGUCUCCGGGCUGGCCAGCAUUGGCAACAUCGUUCUCGAGAACAGCUUCAACAACGUCAACGCGCGGGCCCUGACAGACGCGGAGGCGAGGCAGAUCAAGAACGACGCGCAGCAGGGUGCCAAGACCAUCGACUUGAGCGUGGUGCGCCUCAUGUUCACCGCCUACCUGCCCGACAGCAACGGCAUCUUCACCCACCGCCUUCCCCCCGUCUUCUCCAACCCCAUCUACGACAGCAAGGCCCCCAAUGCCAACAACCUGAAGAUCGUGCGCAUGGACAAAACGUCGGGCUGCGUGACGGGAGGCGACGAGGUGUACCUGCUCUGUGACAAGGUGCAAAAAGAGGACAUCCAGGUGCGAUUUUUUCACGACGAUUGGGAAGCUUGGGGAAAUUUCGGACCGACGGAUGUUCACAAACAGUACGCCAUCGUGUUCAAGACGCCGCGUUACUGCAACGUGGACAUUAGCAAGUCGGUCACCGUGUUCGUGCAGCUGAGGAGGAAGUCGGACAGUGAGACGAGCGAGGCGAAGCCGUUCAUCUACUACCCGCAGAAACAAGACAAGGAGGAGGUGGCCCGCAAGCGGCAGAAGACGUUGCCGCACUUCUCGGACCACUUGGGCGGCGGCGGCAUGGGCGGCGGCAUGGGCGGCGGUGGCAUGGGCGGCGGCAUGGGUGGUGGCAUGGGCGGCGGCAUGGGCGGCGGCAUGGGUGGUGGCAUGGGCGGUGGCAUGAGCGGUGGCAUGAGCUCCACCUCCAUGGCUCCUGGCGCUGGCGGGGGCGCCACCGAGUUUUUCGGUGGCCCGAGCACGGAGAGCCCGACGGGAGGCUCCUUCAGCGCGUUGGGCGGCGGUGGCGGCAGUAUGUGGAGCCACGGCAGCCACUCCGAUUUUAGCGGUGGAUUCAACUUUCAAACAAACGCCAUGAACAUGAACUUCUCUGAGCUCACUCUGCCAGUUCUGGCACCAUCUCAUCAGCAAGAUAUUGCUGGUAUCAACUACGCUUACCAGGGUCUUGAAUUUGACGGCUCCGGUGGCGUUCAAGGUUCAGACGGGAUGGAAGCGUUCGAGAUUAUCAAGCGCCCGGAUGAGGAGGACAGCGACAGCGACGACGACCACCUGGAGACCGACGCGGCGAUGGAGGAGAUGCGGCCAACCGUGCACGCCUUCCCGGUGGCGUCGCCGUUGCUCAAGGGACGCGAGCGGCCCGGGUUCGUUCCGCUCAAGCCGGCCCACGUGAUCGGCCAGAGUCCCAAGAAGGUCCCCUUCGUCCGCGAGUCCCCGCAGCCCACGAGGAAGCCUGCGGAAGCUCGGACACCAAAGGUCACCGUGGGGCAGCUGGUCAAGGACUCGGCCGUGCAGACCACCGGCAGGAAUCUCGAAGCGACCCUGCUGCUUCUAGCCGAGCGCACGGCGAAGGCGCAGAAGGACUACGCGAUAACGGCCGAUGUGCGCAUGCUGCUCGCCCCGCAGCGCCACCUCACGGGUGUGCAGGAUGACAACGGGGAUGCACCUCUACACCUGGCCGUGAUCCACCAGAGACAACUCGUGGUGCAACAGCUCCUGCAGGUCAUUGUGACCAUCCCUCACCAGAAUAUCGUCAACCUGCCCAAUGACCUCAAGCAGACUCCACUGCACCUCUCGGUGAUCACGCGGCAGUCCGAGGUGACCCAGAUUCUGCUGCGCUCGGGCGCCGACCCCAUGGUGCCCGACCGCCACGGGAAUCUUGUGGUGCACACGGCCGUGGCCAAUAACGACGAGAACACGCUCCGCAUCCUCAUCGAGUGGAGUGGCGAAGCGGCCGACAGGCUGGUGGACAGCGUCAACUACGAAGGCUACUACCCCGUGCACGUGGCUGUGAUGGCCAACAGUUUGGCGUGCCUCAAGAUGCUGGUGAACGCUGGAGCGGAUGUCAACCGGCCGGAGCUGACGUAUGGACGCACGGCGCUUCACUGCGCCGUGGAGGCAGAGAACCUGAGUCUUGCUGCUUACCUCGCCGACCAGCACCAGACGGAGGUGGACAUGGUGACGUACGACGGCAACACGCCGCUGCACGUGGCGACGGGGCGCAGAUUGUUGCCCAUGGUGGCGCUGCUGGUGCAAGCGGGUGCCGACGUGCACGCCGAGAACUUCGAGGCGCCCACGUACGCCGACGGCUUCGACUACGUCUCCGAUGACGAGGAGGAGGACGACAGCGAGUGCGCGGAGAGCGACUCGGGCAUCGCGCGCGGCACCACCCCGCUCCAUCUUGCCGCCGGCAACAAGGAGGUGUACGAUAUCUUGUGUGGAAAACAGUACGAGUCGAGAAAACCGCCCGCCGUCCCGGCUGCAGACCUGCGGGCAGUGCAGAGCAUCGACAGCGUAUGUGACAGUGGAUUGACGGCCUCCAUCAUGCACCUCAGCCUAGAAGGCUCCGAGCUGGACUCUGCGUCUCGGCGCUCCGCUGCCAGCAAUCUCAUCGCCACCCCGGUCCGCCCCGCUGACACGAAAAGCCUGCAGUGACAAGGCCCCUGCUCUGCCGGCCCGCAAGGGCGAGACAACUCACUCCCAGGCUUUUUCCUGUCGCAGCGUUCUGUGGACGGCCCGCCUUCAUGCUCGUCAAACAACAUCUUCACAGAGUGGCGUCCGGUCGUGCACGUCGAGCGCUCUCGCGCGAAUUCAGCAGCUCUGUUACAACGGUGAAAAAGCGCAACAUUUUCUGCACGCCGCGUUGGGAAUGGUGGUCCCCAAGCUAUCCACUCAAUUCCAUGCGAGCCGGUUCAGAUUACCGAUCGUGCAGCAACAUUAACAGCAAAGACACGCGCACCCAGGCAGUGACCUGAAUACAUAUGAAGUGGCAUCCCGCGUUCAAGGAGUGAGGGGGUUGAAUCGAUCGUCGACAAAAUACAAUUCUUGCAAUGACAAUUCAGAGCCAGUAUGCAAGCAGACAAGGUACUCAUGGAGCAAUUGUGAAACUAAUUCCAACCUGAAACCGGCCCGAAUGGAAAUGAGAGGGACAGUAUGGAAUGGAUGGUGGAAGGCAAAGCUGAAAGGGACUUGAGGUUCAAUGCAUGUAUGAAUGUUUGUUGAACUUCUUUCGCACCGUAUGUAGCCAACAGUAGCCAUCAGCGAUGCUUGGGAAGGAUGGCAAACUAGAUUUAAAAGUGCAUAGCUCAUGUGGCUCCAUAAUAUCGGAAUGAAGAACAUUCCAGCCGGCCGCAGAAGCGCAUCUGCAAAUGUAUUUUUCAGAAAUAUAAGGAUUGUUGAUGUACAUUAAACAGUGUUCAAUAUGAUAUAUUUACAUUAUGCCUCUCUUAAAUACAGCAAGUAGUUAGAAUAAUUGGGUUUCAUUAGCUGUAAAAUUGGCUAUACAUGUGUUUUUAUGUCCUGUAAUAUAUUUUAAAAAAGUUUGAAAUGAAAAUCAUGUUUCAUUGAUUUGUGAGCUUCAAAGGCUCAUGAUUAAAAAAAAAACUUGUAUCAAUUACUAUUCUGUAGCAUGAUUUGUUAAUGUCUUGUUUUAUUAACUAUAAUUGAACAUGAGAUAAAUGUGGAUCAGCCUAUUAACACGUAUGAAGCAUUUAAUUCCAUCAACAUAUAACUCGGCACACAUCAGUAACAAUCCCACAUUGUUGCAAAACUGGUCAUCUGAGUGAUGUUAUUAUUUCGUGCAUAAACUUUAUAAUUUGUUAUAUUCACUCUCGUCUUUGUCAUCCCAAUUGGUAAAAAGAAAAGGAAACGUUUUAAUGACAGUGAUUUUUUUAUUUGGAUGCAUCCAAGAGGACACCUCCCCCAGUCAGCUCGUGUGGCGAUGAACUCUUCCACUGGAUCGUUAGAGACUGGUGGCUUUGGAAGGCUUUUGUUCUAUUUCAAAUUUCGUGUGGUACAGAGGGUUAUUUCACGUGGUAAUAUUUCUCUGUAAAGUUCCUGUUAAUAAAAGUUUUUUUUAUUUUACA